AUGCCCAUCACCCAGGAGAACGCCCUGAGCCACAUCCAUCUACUGGAGGACUGGCUCCUGGUGGCUCAGACCAGGUACGAGGACCACUAUGGAGACCCAGACCAGCAGUCCACCACCAGCAGAGACCCAGACCAGGACUCGUACCAGGAGUCAGAACAUGAGGAGGAUGCCUGCAGCACGGUCAGUGGCAGCACGGUCAGUGGCAGCACGGUCAGCGGCAGCACGGUCAGCGGCAGCACGGUCAGUGGCAGCACGGUCAGUGGCAGCAUGGUCAACAGCGGCAGCUGCAGAGGUACCAGAGGAGACAUGUCUCUAUGCCAGGCCGCUAUACAGAAGCUGAUGGAAUACAUUCAGCUCAACUUCACAGAGGAAGGAGAGAUCCAGAGUCCCGCCCUCCGACCCACGACGCCGUGUGGAGGUGUGGAUGCGGAGGUGCGAGCCGUGUGCCUCACCAAGCGAGAGGGGGACGGGGCAGAGCUGGGACUCAGUUUCGGUAACAUCCCUAUAUUCGGGGAUCCGGAGGGGGAGGACAGGAAGAAGGGAGGAGGGAGAAGGAGGAGGAGGAGGAAGGGGGAUCAGGGACCCGUGUUGGACGUGGGGUGUAUCUGGGUAACGGAGGUGAGGAAGAGAAGUCCCGCGGCGAGGUGCGGUAGAAUUAAACUACGAGACGAGCUGCUGUCACUCAACGGUCAGCUGAUGGUGGGCGUCGACGUCACGGGAGCCAGUUAUCUGGCUGACCAGUGCUGGAAUGGCGGCUGCAUCUACUUGAUCAUGCUCCGGAGGAUCAAGCGUAAAGCCCCUCUCCCUCCGUGCAAUGGAAACGGCAACGCCACCAUCACUGGUGGCAGCGGUGGCAUCCAAGAUGGCCAAAACUCCCUGCACCAUAGGAGCAGCGUGUCCUCCGAGCCUCCUGACAGCCUUCCGACGCAGACCGGUGGCAGCAAACGGACGCGAAAGUUUGGCAUCAUCGCCCGGUCGACGUUCAAUCGUGAUAGUAAAGACCUGGGCCCUAAGAACGAGAGCUGGGACGAUGGCGGUGGGGAAACGCUGGAGAACGGUUACCGUGGCCACAGAGACUCUGCGAUCUCCAUGGACACGAGGGUCACGCCCCCAGAGCCUAGUAGCUGCACAACUUCCAUGGACACGCCCCCAGAGGAGGAGCCAAGAGAACCGAGGACUGUUCUGCCCCCUCUAGCGAUCCCACAUCAUCUGCAGAACGGGGGAGGAACCGCCACCCUGCCGAAUCGCUUCCACAGAGGACUGUCAGAACACAAGACAGAAUCUCUCAGCAGUGAUGCCUCCUGUCAGCCCAGAGAGGGGAGUCGUAUCUGGACGAUGCACAUGGUGAAAGGUCAGGAGGGGCUGGGCAUCCAGAUUACGGGAGGACGAGGGUCCAAGCGCUCCCCGCACGGCAUCAUCAUAGCGCACAUAGAGGAGGGAGGCGCCACACAGAGGGACGGACGUCUGAAGGCUGGUGAUGAGCUCCUGAUGAUCAACGGUCAGUCUCUGGUCGGCCUGUCUCAUUCAGAGGCUGUAGACAUCCUACGCUCUACCGCUGGACUGGUACAACUGGUCGUCGCUAGCAGGGAGGAGUCUGAAGUUGAUUUCCAGCGGUAUCCGUCCACCAGCCUGCCGGACCUGGUCAGUACCUGCGCCUCGUCUUCUUCCUCCUCUGCUUCUCCCAGCGACAAUCAGGAGAACAUGGAACCUCAUCACAGGCACGGAGUUUGGGAGGACCUCGCAGCCGGCAGCCUCAGCCUCUCUCGGUCUCGACCUACCACACUGACUGAUCUGGAGAAGCUAGAGGACCGAGGCCGGGUGGAAGGACAGAAAGAAACCUGCCGCUCUCCCACAUCCAUGAAGUUCAGGAGCAGAUCACAAGGGGGCGGUAGUCGUCUGGAGUCUGUUGGAGAGGAUGACGAGCUGAUUGUGGAGAAUGGAGAGGCGGGGAGUGACAUGGUGGAGAAACCGACACGAGGUGGACGCAAACACUCCCUGCCUCAGCAGUUAGACACUGUAGGCAUCCGACAGGAGUACCAGAUAGUUAAGAAAUCAGCUCGCUCCCUGAGCACCUUUCAAGUGGAGUCUCCAUGGCGACUGGCCCAGCCGUCUAUUAUAUCCAACAUAGUCCUCAUGAAAGGACAGGGAAAGGGACUGGGGUUCAGCAUCGUCGGAGGUCAGGACUCUGCCCGAGGAAGGAUGGGGAUCUUUGUCAAGACUAUCUUCCCUAACGGAGCAGCGGUGGCAGACGGACGACUGAAAGAGGGAGAUGAGAUUCUGGAGGUGAAUGGAGACUCUCUCCAAGGCCUGACCCACCAGCAGGCCAUCCAGACCUUCAAGCAGCUGAAAAAGGGUGUGGUGACUCUAACAGUACGGACACGUCUCCGAAGCCCCAGCCUGACGCCGUGCCCCACCCCCACCCUUCUCAGCCGCUCCUCCUCCCCGAACUCCAACGCCAGCGGAGGCAACCCCACCCCAGUACCCACCACCUUCGACGAACCCCCCGAAACCCGCAAGGGACCCCCGGGUCCUGGCCCCAAAGACCGCAUCAUCAUGGAGGUUACACUCAACAAAGAGCCAGGGGUGGGUCUGGGUAUAGGGACCUGCUGUCUAACUCUAGAGAACAGUCCUCCAGCCAUCUACAUCCACAGUCUGGCCCCCGGCUCUGUCGCCAAGAUGGAUGGACGACUCAGUCGAGGGGACCAGGUCUUGGAGGUGGACUCUGUGAGUCUACGCCAUGUGGCCCUGAGUGAGGCCUAUGCUAUUCUCAGUGAGUGUGGACCAGGACCAGUCAGCCUCAUCAUCAGCAGACACCCCAACCCCAAGGUUUCAGAGCAGGAGAUGGAUGAUGUAAUCACUAGGUCUUCACACAGAGACAGUCUGAGUAAGGACGGACACGCCUCUCAAACUCUAGGCAUGCCUUCUAAGAGCCCCUCCCUCACAGUGAAGGCCAAACAGGCAGAUGGCUCUUCCCUCAGCUGGACUAUGAAGAGGUUCCUGGAGCCCGCCAGCAGGCAAGGGUCUCUGAGUUCGGAGGCGGAGCUAUCUCAGUACUUUUCCCAGGAAGUAACCAGUCAUUCGUCGCUGUCGGAAACCACUGCGAUGGGAUCCAGUGAUGACGACAUGCUCCACCACAGGAGCUGUAACACCUCAAUAGACGACACCCCCGCCACUCAGCCACAUGGGUUAAAAGAUGCCUCUGGUGUAGGAGUGGAGGUCAGCGUGGAGGUCAGAACAGAUGAUAAGGCUCCCGGUGUCCCGGUGUUGAACCGGCCAGUGGAGGCCACCCAGCGCCAGCCCAGUGUGUGUAGUCCUGGUAGCAGCUCCGUCCGCAGUCCACUGCUCCGACAGAGACGAGUCAUCUGCCAUGACGAUGAGGUCAGCGAUGAUGAAGAUGCUGUUACCCUGCCCUUCCGCCAGGUCGCUGGUCGUGUUACCGCCAUGGGGGUGGUUGCUGACUCUAGCAUCAUGAUCUCUGCGUCAUCAGUGGAGUUGGACGAAGAGAGUGAAGGCCCACAUAUCCUGCUUCAUAGUAAUUCUCUGGAGUCACAGGAAGGGGUCGGUUUCGUUACUUCCUCCGGCGCAGAAUCACCCUUCAUGCCUAUCCGCCGGUCGGACCACCACCAGACCCCCGGGGGAGGAGGAGGGUCUUUCCCCACAACAGGCCCCAGUAACCUGGGUGUGAGGAUGGACCCUCAGGGCCCCCUGGAGCCCAAGCACUCCCCUAAGCUGGAACACAAAGCUGUGACACGCGUCAAGACUAUGCUGAGCAUCGAGGCCCCGCCCAUCCAGCCAACCAAUCAGCAGAACCAGAACCAGAGAACCAAAGGAGAGGAGUCUCCGACCUCCCCAUCCUCCCAGUCUCUAGCCCCUCAGCCUGGGGUAGCCUCCAGCCGCUCCCUGGGACGGCCUGGUUGUAACCCCAACCUCCUCUGUAAGAAGGGCGAGGCCUGCAGCGAGCUGGCGGGGGAGGAGCCAGCUCACUGCACCAUCGACAAGGUGGUCCUGAGGAGGAGUGAGGAAGAGUCCUUCGGUCUGGACCUGGAGAUCAGAUCCUCUCCUCUGAAGGUGGUGAUCACUGGAUUGAGGCUUGGAGGAGCGGCCGAGAGAGAAUCCCGGGGCAGGAUGUGUGUGGGAGACGAGAUCGUGUCGAUUGGGGACACGCCCACGUGCUCCUCGUCCUAUCACGACAUCUGUGAGCUCAUGCACAACCUUCCCGUGACCCUCGCGCUGGAGGUCAAGAGGCCCAUGUCAGCUGUAGAUCGCCUGUCCAGCCUCAUGAUGUCAUCGGGGAGUUGUGAUGUCAUGGGUCCCUCCAAUGGGAGGGCUCCAAAUCCAGGAAGUCCCUCCUCCUCCUCACCGACCAAUCACAAUCCCAAACCCACAACCCCAAUCAACCACAACCACAGCAAUGAUAUACCGGUCACCUACAUUGAUGAUGUCAUGACCAGACUAAGCUCCUCCCAUGUAAAGAGCGCCCUCUCUUCCAAUACCCUCAAAGCCCCUUCAGAAGCACAACGUACUGAGACUAUGGCCUGUAAGUCAGCUGUAGACAGCAAGGCCCUGCCAGAGAAUGAGAAAAGCACAGUUCAGACUCCUCCAACAUUGCCCAGUCAGUUUGAUUUCUCUGUCUUGGACUCUGGAAAGAAAUGCUGCCUCAUGCCUGUGGGUAAAACAUUCUUGAACAAUUACUCCAGAAACUUUAGCAGUAAUCUCACAGACGAGGGAAUGAAUGCUCUUUCAAAUAGGGUGGAGAGACCCCCCGGUGCCUCUGCUGCCGAUUCGAACUGCAACAUGUACGACAUGGUCGGCGACAGUGAUUCGGAAAGCGAAGACACGGUCACCGACAACAGCCGUGGCGCUGCCGGCGAUAACAAACCGGCGAGCCGCAGUGUCGGCGCUGAGCCCCAGGACACAGAUUCUGAUGAGGAGGAAGUGGAGAUUUGUUACAGUGAGGCCCAGCGGCCCAGCACUCUGAGUCAGGCAGCGCUGACUCACCUAACAGAUGGGCCAUUGUCUCCACAGCUCCAUAUCUCUAUCUCUGGCUCUGACGGCAGCCACAGUACAAAGGAGACUAGGCCCUUUGAUGUAGCACUAGACUCUGCUGCUUCCUCCUCCUCCACUGUCACUACUACUUCAGCGGCCUCCCAGCAAAACGAAGACUGCUCUGUUGUAACAACCCAAUCCAACCCCGAUCAGAAACCAUUCCCCUCACUGUCUCAGGGUCUGCCUGCCUCUGGCUCUCUAUCCUCAGGUGCCUUUCUGGCUGUGGAGGCCAAAGGUUCCCCUUGCCAAGAAAUGCCCCGCCAGUCUUCCAACGACACAGAUUCUGUGCCCACUACAAGCCCUGUAGGGCCUUCAGAAAGUGGUGUCAACAGGGUUUGUGACACUGUUAUAACACAUCCAAUAAAACCCGGCCAUGCUCCUUCAUUAAGCGUCUGCAGUACCCCCAUUGCAGCGGCUAGCCACAACAUCGCGCGACAGAGUCAGGAGAGGUCAGCCCGACUCCGUGCAAACGUUUCACCGGCUGCAGCUUUAGGAAAACUAUCUAACACACAAUCGUCAUCAUCCCACUCAACGGUGGGGGAGGCAAAUCCCUCCAACUAUAGCAAUGUCUGGUCAGGCGCAUCUAAACCAUUGUCAACAUCGCUAACAACAAGAGAAAGUCAGAGAGAGAAAGUUCCCUCGUCAAUAUCGCUGACAACAAGAGACAGGGAGAGAGAGAAAGUUCCCUCGUCAAUAUCGCUGACAACAAGAGACAGUGAGAGAGAGAAAGUUCCCUCAUCAACAUCGCUAACAACAAGAGACAGUGAGAGAGAGAAAGUUCCAUCGUCAAUAUCGCUAACAACAAGAGACCGGGAGAGAGAGAAAGUUCCCUCGUCGACAUUGCCAACAACAAGAGACAGGGAGAGCGAGAAGGUUCCCUCGUCAACAUCGCUAACAACAAGAGACAGUGAGAGAGAGAAGGUUCCCUCGUCAACAUCGCUAACAACAAGAGACAGGGAGAGAGAGAAAGUUCCCUCGUCAACAUCGCUAACAACAAGAGACCGGGAGAGAGAGAAAGUUCCCUCGUCAACAUCGCUAACAACAAGAGACAGGGAGAGAGAGAAAGUUCCCUCAUCAACAUCGCUAACAACAAGAGACAGGGAGAGAGAGAAAGUUCCCUCGUCAACAUCGCUAACAACAAGAGACAGGGAGAGAGAGAAAGUUCCCUUAACAUCCCUGGACCUCAGGUUGGUCCAGAAUAACCCUAAUAGUCCCUCUCUCAGGACAUCCGGUCCCAAAUCAGUCAACAACAUUUCAACAGACAGUCCUCUAUCCAGCAGUAGCAGCAGGCUCAGAGUCAAUGACAAAGUCCAGAAGACCAGCUGCACUGCACCCAAAAUGAAGGGGCUCAACAUCAAGAGUAAAACCAAACCCCAGGAGCAACUUUCCCCAAAACCAGCCAGAGCAGAAAGUCCGUUGGUUCUGAGGAAAGCCAACAACACUUCUCCGCUCCAGUCCCCCAAACUGCAAGCCAAGAAGGUGGGCUCCCCCCUGCAAACCAGGAACGUCGAUUCCCCUCUGCUUACCAGAAAGGCAGCCGUAACCAGCAGCCUAAAGAGUAAACAGCAAGACCGGAGCAGCAGCAGUAGUAGCCCUGCCACGCCCGUAACAGAUGGAGGACAGGACAACCCCACAACCACUACUACGCCAGAAACAAUCAGCCAAUCACAAUCAAUUACCAAGAUGAAGGUAGAGGAGCAACGUCUACACAAAGAGGUGGAGCAAGGGAUUUUGGCAGUGGCCAAGUCAAAAGAACGACCAGAGCCAGUCCUAACUACCCAGAGGACCUUCAUCGAGGUGCGACUCUCAUCCUCAUCUCCCUCCUCCACGCCUACACCAGUUCUGGCACCAAAGGAAGCUGUGUAUUCAAACGAUUACUCAAUUCCUCAUACCAAAAAUAUUACUCAACACAAGGAUCAGGUCAAUGGAAAUCCAGUAGAGACCAGUCUAUGGUCAGGAACCCCUGCAACCCCUGGCUCGGUGUGUAAUCUUGAAAAAGUCAACAACACUACCAGUGAAUCAGCAGUGAACUCAAUAGUCCUAGAAUCCGUAGAUGGGGUUCCUUUGCCUAUGAGCAAUGGUCCCACAGACAUCUCUCACAUGAACUGUAGAAUAACAGAGACGGAUGAAACUGAGAGCCUCAAAGCAAACAAGUCCAAACUGAAGGCGAUGGAGCGUCGUAGUUUCUCCACAGACAACAGCGUCUCAGGGGACCCAAACCCCUUCUCUGUCCGCCAGAGGAUCAAGUCCUUUGAGAACCUGGCCAGCUUCGACAAGCCAGUGCUCAAAUGCAUCGACAUCCAGUCCUUUGCUCAGUCCUAUGCUCUGACAGCAACGUUGAAGCCGCCUCUCAACCGGAGACUGUCUGGCUACAUGUCUGGAUCGGUGAGCUCCAUAGACUGUCGUUCGCUACGAAGGAGCUUCAGUUCGUGCAUCGACAACUUCAACGCAUUAACCCCCUUGACCCCAAUGUCGCCUCAGCUUCGCAAGUCACCGUCGAGCCUGACCCUCACAAACUUUGACCUGUUGACGCAAAGCUGCAGCACUAGCGAAGCUCCCCUCGGACAUAUCCAGGACAAACUUGGAGAUGGAGAAAGUCCCAGAAUCUCCCCAGGAGUUGUAACCCUAACCCCUCAGACGCCUCCGGUGAUGCGGAGUCGCCAGGCCCGAGGUCAUGCCAACCUGUCCCGGUCCAGACUGAGGGAGCUCAGGGCCCUUAGCAUGCCCGACCUGGACAAGCUCUGCACCGAUGACUUCUCCAGCGACCCAGGGACCAACGCCACCAUUAACACGUCGCUGGAGAUACACCCAGCCAGGCCCACAGAGGUCGUUCAGAACCAAACAGGGUGCUGUUCCCCGCCUGCUAACCCCACCGGGGUGCACCCGACCAGGGCCAGCCGGGCGGAUGCCGGGGCCAGCCUGGACCCCAUUCAGAGGAAAACCAACUGUCAGCAGGCAGAUAUUCAGAACUGGUCCAUCAGUUUGACAGUGGUGGCUAGCUCUCCGGUGGAGCAGAGUAAGCUGCAGGCGGUCCUGGCCUCCGUGACCACCAAGACAGACGUGUUGGCACUGCUACAGGAGGCCAAGGCUCUCUCUGAGGAUAAAGAUGAUACCCACUUUGUAGUCUUCUCCAAAGAAGAGGGAUCCGGACUUGGUUUCAGCAUCGCUGGUGGAAUGGACCUUGAGCAGAAGUCCAUAACUGUCCAUCGGGUGUUCUCUAAAGGCGUGGCCGGCCUGGAAGGAACCAUUCAGCGUGGGGACAGUAUCCUGUCCAUCAACGGCAGCAGCUUGGAGGGGAUGUCCCACGUAGAAGCCGUGUCCUGUCUCCACCAUGCUAGACUGUCCUCUCAGGUCCUGGUGGUUAUUCGCAGGGGGAAGGACAGUGAAGGACAGAUGUCCCCGAGACAACAUGACCUGUCCCACCACACCGGAAGAAGCUACUCCCUGGGAUGCAGAGAGAACCGGCCUGAGACGACUAGAUCUGUUAUGGGACUGGGAGUGGUGGAGGUGGGUCCUGACGGGGCUCUGAGGGUGGAGCUGCUGAAGACGUCAGCUGGUCUGGGCUUUAGUCUGGAGGGGGGCAAAGCCUCGUCACAAGGAGACCUACCCCUCAACGUUAAACGAGUCUUCAAAGGUGGUGCUGCGGAGCUGUCGAGGGUGGUGGACGUGGGGGACGAGGUACUGGAGGUCAACGGACGCUCGCUGCAGGGCCUCAUGCAUUACGACGCCUGGAACAUCAUCAAGGCCGUCAGCGAAGGCCCCGUGCAGCUUGUCAUCAGGAAACCGCGGACCUCUGUAUGACAGACAUACAACAGACAUAUAGAACUAAUAUGAAGAACCAGACGUACCUCGUAGAGCACGUAUGUCAGCUUGAGGUGACAUAAUAUAUAAUCCAGGACUUUUGUAUGACAGACAUACAACAGACAUAUCUCAGAGAACUAUACAUAUAGCUACGAUGGUUGAAAUGUUAUUAUCAUGACAUAUUCUGAUGAAACGGACCGACAUUGCAAAGUGGUUAUUUUGUUAAAGCAGACUGCAAUUCGGUCCGGAAUGUCAAAGAGAGUGUCAAAACCAGAUCGUGGAGUAUGAAGCAUUCUUUCUUUUAUUAUAGUGUUUUAUACAGGAGGACAAGAGGCUAUUAUAGUGUCUUAUACAGGAGGAUAUUAGACUAUUAUAGUGUUUUAUACAGGAGGACAAGACACUAUUAUAGUGUCUUAUACAGGAGGACAAGACACUAUUAUAGUGUCUUAUACAGGAGGAUAUUAGACUAUUAUAGUGUUUUAUACAGGAGGACAAGACACUAUUAUAGUGUCUUAUACAGGAGGACAAGACACUAUUAUAGUGUCUUAUACAGGAGGACAAGACACUAUUAUAGUGUCUUAUACAGGAGGACAAGAGGCUGUUAUAGUGUCUUAUACAGGAGGACAAGACACUAUUAUAGUGUCUUAUACAGGAGGACAAGAGGCUGUUAUAGUGUCUUAUACAGGAGGAUAUUAGACUAUUAUAGUGUUUCAUACAGGAGGUCAAGAGGCUGUUAUAGUGUCUUAUACAGGAGGAUGUUAGACUAUUAAAGUGUUUUAUACAGGAGGACAAUAGGCUAUUAUAGUGUUUUGUACAGGAGGACAGGAUAGACGAGUAUAGUGUUUUAUACAGGAGGGCAAGAGGCUAUUAUAGUGUCUUAUACAGGAGGGCAAGAUACUAUUAUAGUGUCUUAUACAGGAGGAUAUUAGACUUAUAGUGUUUUUAUACAGGAGGACAAGAGAGACGAGUAUAGUGUUUUAUACAGGAGGACAUGAGACUAUUAUAGUGUUUUAUACAGGAGGACAUGAGAGACUAGUAUAGUGUUUUAUACAGGAGGAUAUUAGACUAUUAUAGUGGUUUAUACAGGAGGAUAUUAGACUAUUAUAGUGUUUUAUACAGGAGGAUAUUAGACUAUUAUAGUGUUUUAUACAGGAGGAUAUUAGACUAUUAUAGUGUUUUAUACAGGAGGAUAUUAGACUAUUAUAGUGGUUUAUACAGGAAGACGAGAGGCUAAUAUAGUGUGUUUUACAGGAGGAUAAGAGAGUGUCUUUAUGGUGGCAUCUUGGAAUACGCUUGGAAUACGCUUUCCACACCUCUACAAGGUGUGGAAAGCGUUCCACAGGGAUGCUGGCCCAUGUUGACUCUACAAGGUGUGGAAAGCGUUCCACAGGGAUGCUGGCCCAUGUUGACUCCAAUGCUUUCCCACAGUUGUGUC